AUGACAUAUCUAUCAUAUUUAUUUCUCUAUCGUCUAGUUUCUCCUCAACCCAUCGUACCAGACGAUGGUAUAUGUGUGAGUGCAACAUGGAACGAACAUGGUAUCACGGUGGCUGGAGGAUUUGGACGUGGAUCUGCAUUGAAUCAACUCAAUAGUCCAUGGGGAUUGCAUGUAGAUGACGAUGAUAACAUCUAUGUUGCAGAUACAAGCAAUCAGCGAGUAGUUAAAUGGGUAUCUGACGCUUCUAGUGGACAAGUAGUAGCCGCUGGAAAUGGAUUAGGCAAUCACAAUAACCAAUUAUGGGGUGUGACAAAUAUUGUUAUUGAUAAGAAUGGAACGAUAUUUAUGUGUGAUCGUUUUAACAAGCGAGUACAGCGAUGGUAUAAGAAUGAUAAUGAUGGUCAAACGAUCAUUGCGAAUAUUGCAUGUUCAGGAUUGACAAUAGAUAAUGAAGGAACGUUGUAUGUCUCCGACUUUGAAAAGAAUGUUGUAAUGAAAAUACCUAGUGAUCAGGUUGUUGCUGGUAACAAUAGCAGAGGACCUGCUCUCAAUCAACUCUCAUAUCCGAUCAGUUUAUUCGUCGAUCGGGAGAAGUCAGUUUUCGUGGCCGACUAUUAUAAUAAUCGCGUGGUGAAAUGGCCUGUCGGCGCCCAUGAAGGUAUUGUCGUGGCUAGUGAUAAUAAACAAGAAGAUGUUUCAAAUCGGUUCAGUCGACCUGUUUCAGCUGCAGUUGACCAAACUGGUACUGUCUAUGUUCUUGAUUCGUUCAACCAUCGUGUGAUGCGUUGGUUCAAAGAGGAUGAAUCGGCCAGUGUCAUUGUUGGAGGACGAGGAUCUGGCAACGAGACAAAUCAACUAUCAUAUCCAUAUCAUUUAACAUUUGAUCGUCACGGAAAUUUGUAUGUGGCCGAUACAGCAAAUCAUCGUGUUCAAAUGUUCGCUAUUGACAAAAGUUCUUGUGUGCUUCAGUUCCAACCAAAAGCUAAGCAUAACUUUGAUAAAUCAAAUUGA